UGUAUUAGCUUAUACUUACAUACACUACAUAAACCAUAUAUAAACUCGAUAACGAUCGACAAAUAACUGUUUAGACAACGUAGUAUUGAUUCAAUUAUAUAAACACUUUCUGACUUUUUCUUGAUCAUUAUAGUCAUUUAAGACAUGCUUUCUUUUCUUAUUACAUAAUCAUAAAUAGUUGUACACAAAUUAGAUUAAUAUUUAUCUAAUCGUCUAUAUACAUUUUCAUCGGUUCUAACAAACAUUCGUGUGCUUGUAAGUAUAUAGAUAUACCAUACUAUUUUUAUAUGUUUAUUAUUAUAUACUUUAUGUUUAUUUCAUUUUUCUUUAUAGAAAAAAAUAUGUUAUUUAUUAAUUUCUUUAUAAUACUUAUAAUUAGCAGUUUUGCUAAUUGUUACUUUUGGAACGCAUCAGAUGGAAUUCUUCCAUGGGAAUCUUAUUUACAAUUAGGUCAUAUUCAACGACCAUUAGGUCUUGUACUUAAUCAAUCAUCAAUUACUCAUCAUCAUUUUUCUGUUGGAUAUCUUUGUCUACAAUCAUUUAUGUAUGAUGAAGCACAAGAUGCUUUCAAUUUAGCACUUAAUGUCACUCCUACAUUCAUCGAAGCUCACAUUGGUAAAAUUCUCGCAUGUAAACAUGCAUUAUGGUCGGAUACUGAUUUUGAAUGUGGUUUAGCAGCUUAUAAUGCAGCUCAAAGCAUGUUAAAAACAUCAAAUAUUAUGUUAUCACCACUUCAAUCAUCACUUCUUUCAACUGCCUAUUUAUGGUAUUCUAAUAAAUCAUCUAUUGCAGCUGGAGAACUUUCAUUUGCAUCAUCAAUAGGAAAUCUAUCACAAGCAUAUCCAAAUGAAACCGAUAUUAAAGUUUUAUGGGGUCUUUCUCUUCUAAAUGUAGCCUAUCAACAUGAGUUCGAAAGUGAAAUGGAACCAGCACCAAUGUUGAAAUCAAGAGAAACACUAAAAGCUGCUCUAAAAGAUGAACCAACUCAUCCGGGUGCUCUUCAUUAUUUAAUACAUGCUUAUGAUGUUGAUCAUGUUAAUACAGCAGAAAAAGCAGCGGAUUAUGCAGUUAUGUAUAAUACAACUGUUUUAACAUUAUCACAUGCACAACAUAUGCCUGGUCAUAUUUGGAUGCGUACAGGUGCAUGGCUUCUUGCUAUGGGUGCAGAUUCAACAGCUAUUCGAGUAAGUUUAGGAUUAUGUGCUACUAAAAUAUUAAAUCGUCACACGUUAAUAUUCUCACCUGAUCUGGAAUCUGUUUUGACUACAUUUAAUACGACAAAUCAAACUUUAUCUCUUCUUAAAUGUGAUGCUGAAAAUCGAGCUCAUUCAACAGAAUGGCUUUCCUAUUCUCGUUUACAAACAGGUGAUUGGUUAGGUAGUAUUUCCUUAACUCAUAAUCUAUUUAUUGCUGACAAUAAAUCACUUUUAACACCAAAUCAUUAUUUACCAUUUGCUUAUCGAGCUCAAGCACGUACAAUUGUCGAUAUUUUCUUUUGGUCUCCAUAUAGUACUCAAUUUCUCAAUAAAAUCGAACCUCUAUUAUUAUUCAACAAAGGACAACCAUUAGUUUUGUUCGGCGAUAAUCCUUCAGGAUGGUAUCCUAUAUGGAGUGAAGCAGCAUAUCGUUAUGUUGAAUGUCUUCGAUUAUUGACUAAUUAUCAAACAAGUAAUAAUAAAUCUGGUAUUUCAUCAACAAUAGAUAAGCAUCUAGCUCGUUUUCUUAUACUUUCUAAUCGAACAACUCCAUUAAGUAAAUAUAUAGCAAAUAAUAUUUUAAUGAUGAUACCACAAGUACUUGGAAUGCGUUAUUAUAUUAAUGGAUCAUGGCAAGAAUGUUUAAAUGAAUUAAAUACAGCUACUCAACUAGAAUCAGCAGUAGUAUCGAGUGGUAAUAGUCCUACUUUAAUAUUUGCACGAUCAUCAGAAUUACUUGCUAUGCAUUUAUUACUUAUCUAUGAAAAAUAUCAAGAACAAUUAUUAAAGAAUUCAACUAAUUCUUCGGUAUAUAUGCUAAAUGGUACGCAGACAAAUAUUAACAACUUUCCAUUAAUAGCAUUGGAUUUAUAUAAAAAAGCGGAUCAAAUAGCUCCUAAUCGAGCUAUAAAUACACUUGGUAUGGCUCGAUGUAAUGCUCAUCUUCAUCAGGAAAGCAUAGCAGUUAGUUUAUAUCAACAACUCUAUAUGCAAAUGACUACUUUCAAUAAUAGUGAUGACUAUUUUCUUAAAGAAGCAAAUCAAUAUCUUGAUCAUCAUAAUUCAGCUAUAAAUUUUAGUUUUUCUCCACUUUUAAUCAUUUUUUCACUUUUCUGUUUUAUUUUUAAAUGA